AUGCAAGAAAGUGAAUAUUCACACAAUGAACCAUCAUCUAUUGAUUAUCAUUUGGAAUAUUUGGAUGAAUUUUUACAAUUGAGAUGUGUUUCAGACUUGAUCUCAAUGGGUUUAUUUCCAAAUGCUAAAGAAAUUACUGAAACUUUUGCAAUUUGGUCAGCAUUAAGACGAUACAUUUUUCCACAAUUAUCAACAUCUACUACAUCUUCAAUUGACAAUGAUCGAAACGCAAUUAUUGUUGUUGGUGAUGGCAUGACACCUCGUACAGCUGCUCUAUGUGCAUAUUUAACCAAAGAAUUAUGGCAAUGCUAUAGUAUUGAUCCGAUGCUUCAAUAUGAUACCUACGUCGAUAUGACAUUUAUUAAUCGACGAAGUAUUACAACAGUUGAUCAUUGUAAACAAUGGAAAAGCAUUAGAGGCUUACGAAUGGUACGGGCUAAAAUUCAAACAGUAUCUAUAAAAUGUCGAAAAGCAAUUGUUGCUAUGAUGCAUGCUCAUGUUACCAUUGAAGAUGCAAUUGCAGCUGUAGAUGCAUCUGAAGGUAUUAUUGGUAUUGUUACAUGUCCAUGCUGUAAAUGGGCACCUUACCAAGAAGAAUGGCUCGGACAAACACCACAUUAUCAAUAUACUGAUUUAAGAUUAUUAAGUGCAAAGAAUCAAAUGAAUGUAUGGUAUUUUCCAAAAGGUUGUCAUUAUAGAUCAUCUAUUAUCUCAAUUAGUUCUACUAGUAAUACAGCGACUGAAGAGAAGCAAAUUGCAACCAAACAUAAUAUAUGGGGCAUAGAUACAAGUAUGUUUGAAAAUAUAUUAUAUACUCGUGAUGGAGUAAAACAACGAGCUAUUGAAUUAUGGUCGCAAGUAUUUUCAAAGGGCAUUGAAGCAUUCAAUACUAUUGAUAUUAAUCAAUCAUCAAGUACGAAUAUAUCUAAAGAAGCGAAAUAUUUAAAUAUUCAAUCUAUUAUAGAUGAUUUAGAUAUGUGGCCAUGGGCAUCAACAACAUGGUCACCGAAAGAUAUAUCACUUUUUAUGAAAUCAUGUCGUGCUACGUCAACAUCAUCAUCAUCGAACAAUGUACCAAUGUUACCUUCAUGGUUUAGAAAACCUGUUUUACUCGUCGGAACAAUUGCAGCUAUGCGACGAUGCAAAUAUACAAUUUUUUAUGAAUUAAAUACGUGUGUCAUACCUUCAGAAGAACUUGAAGAUAUUCUAAAACUUACCUGUCAUACAUCAUCUAUGAUAAAUACUACAGAAGAAAAAAUAUAUGCAUCAAACGAUACAUUUCCUGCAUUAUUAAAAUCUGCUGAUCGUAUGUGGACAUGUGUCGAAUACCAACGACAUCUUCAAGCUGUUGCUGCUUAUGAUCCGAUGGUUGAACGAAAAACAAAAAAAAAAUAUUCACAAACAACAAAUGUUAAGGAUAUUACAGAAUCAUCGAAUACUGAUCGUGUCAACGUAAUACUUUCUUUAUUAUCUUACGAACGUAAAAGUACAUCUGCGGAAUAUACAACUACUUCUACACUUUCACAAUCAAAAGAUCAUACAAAAGUGAAAUUAUUUAGUCAUAAUCCCCAACCACGUCAAUCUUUAUUUCCUUGGGCUAUGCACUUACGAGUUGGUGAUAUUUUAGUUGCAUAUUGUGAAUUAGGAUGUAAUGCAUCACAAGGACCACAGUUAUGUUUAAUUGAUGGAAUUCUGUUAUAUGAUAAACAUCAUAUUCUUGAAUAUUCACUUGAAUAUGGAUUUUUACGUUUAUCAUCUCAAACAAGACAAAGACUUAAUAUUGAAGUUUUACUACUGACAUUAGAUUUAACAAAUAAUACAUGUUUUGGUGGUGCUGUAAAUCGAUUUAUGCUUGAUCAAUUUCUUGGAUAUCAAGAUAUUCUUAUGUCGAAUAUAAAGCAAUUAGAAGAAAAAGAAGGUCAUAAAGGUUAUGUUCGAAAUGUAAUGACAAAUGAUCAUUUUCGUUUUGUCAAUUCAUCAUCAAAUCAUCGAUGGUGGACAUAUUUAGGUGCUUUAUUAAUUAUGAUUGUAUUUAUUCAAUUUCGAUUAAGAAGACUUGAACUUGAAAGAUUUGAAGAGAAAACUAUGACCGAUGACAACAAUUACACAAGAAUAUUUAGGAAAUCAAUUCUUCCAGCAGAAUUAAUUGAUCGAGCAGCUAUAUUUACAGUUAAUCGAUUAGGCUUUAAUGUGUAUAUUUGUAUGAAAGGCAAUAUUCAUGAAUAUAGAAGAGCUGCAUCCAGUGGUGAAAAUCGUCAUCAAAUAGAUCGUAUAUCAUCAAAUUAUAAGGAUUGUCCAAUAUUUUCUGCAAUAUGUUUACAUACAUUAGUUAAGACUGAUCGUUCUAAUCAACAUAUCAAUGAUCAUGAUAAAUAUUCUGCACUUGAACAAGUGAAACUGUUAUUUAAACAUUUAUUAGAUUUUUUUUAUUCAAAUCAAAUAGUUGUUUGUUUUGCGUCAAUUAAAUCAUUUCGAGGUUGUUUAACAAAUAUUUCAUUAUUAAAAUUUUUUAAAACUCCAAUACAAACAUAUGCAUUUACAAUGUUAAAAAAUGUUGGUUAUUCAAUUGAACAAAAACUAUCUCAACAAAAAAAUAUUUGUGAAUUAUUACUUAAAUUAUCAGAAAAUGAUGAUGAUAAAUUUUAUCGUUUAUGUCUUUAUUUAUUUCGACGAUCAACUGAAUAUCAUUUUAUAAAUCUUGAAAAUGAAUUAAAAGAAGCUAAUAGAGAAUAUGAAAAUCAAUUGGAACAAUGUCAUAUAUUGAAUGAAAAAAUGGCAACGAUUUUAUCACCACCAAGAGAAAAUUAUGCUUAUGUUCCAUCAAUACGUGUAACACCAACAACAAUUCAAGUUCAACCUUUAAAACUUGUUAAACUACACCGCGUUCUUCGAGAAAAAAACUUUAAUGAUCCAAUGAGUCUUGCACUUGUAGAAAUACGCGAUGAAGCUAAUAAACCUUUAUAUGCACGUGAUUUUCGUUCAUUAAGAGUAAAAUUUAAACAAAUUCUUACAGAAGGUAUUCAAAUAAAUAAAAUGCAUUAUCGAUAUUUACAUCAUUCAAUGUCACAAGUUAAAGAAAAACAAUUUUGGUUUCUUGAUAAUCAUUAUUCAUUAGAAAAUGUUUUAUCAUGGAUGGGAAAUUUUAAUAAUGAACGUGUUGUUGCAAAACAUGCUGCUCGAAUUGCUCAAUGUUUUACAUCAACUGAACCAUCUAUUAGAAUUCCUGCUGAACAUGUGAAAUAUAUUCCAGAUAUUGAAACAGCAGAUAAACAGUAUUGUUUUACAGAUGGUGUUGGUACUUUAUCACAGAGAUAUUGCAAACAGGUACAAAAAGCAUUAGGAAGACGUUUUAUGCCAAGUGUACUACAAAUUCGAUAUGGUGGUUGUAAAGGAACUGUUUCAGUUGAUCCACGACUUGAUGAUCAACCUCAACAACUUGUUAUUCGUGAAUCUAUGCUCAAAUUUACAAGUGAUCAUGAUCAAUUAGAAAUUUGUAAAGUUUCUUCACCGCGUGCACUUUAUCUUAAUCGUCAAGAUAUUCUUCUUCUAUCGAAUCGUGGUAUACCUGAAUCACAUUUUCUUGUUUUACAAAAUGAAAAUCAUCUAUGGCUUGUACAAGCUUUACUAUGUUCAUCAAUUGCAUUUGAAUUAUUGAAUGAUCGUGUUGGUUCAACAUGUUUUAAUUUUCGUGAUAUAGCUAAAGGAAUAAAUCUUGUUGAAGAACCAUUUUUUUUACAACUUAUUGUAACAUGUGGUCAUGAUUGUGUAUCAAAAUUUCAACAACGUGCUAAAAUAAAAACAGCAAAAAAUAAAGCAAGAAAUAUGUUUGGAAUUGUUGAUGAAUAUGGUGUACUUGAAUAUGGACAAGUAUUUAUACAAUAUAAUCAUAUAAAUGAUGAAAAAUUAGAUGUGAUUGAUAAACCACCAAGUGUACCACCAACAAUUUUAGAUAAUGUUAAAGUUGUAAUAACUAAAAAUCCUUGUCAUCAUCCAGGAGAUUUAAGAACAUUUACAGCUGUUGAUAGAGUCGAAUUAAGACAUCUUGUUGAUGUUGUUGUUUUUCCACAAAAAGGUCAUCGACCACAUCCAAAUGAAAUAUCAGGAAGUGACCUUGAUGGUGAUGAAUAUGCUGUUAUAUGGGAUUCAGAUUUAGUACCAUCAACAACUAAUGAUGAACCAUUUGAUUAUGAUUCACAAGAGAAACCAAUUAAACUUGAUCGUCCUGUUGAACGAAAUGAUAUUAAUGAAAUUGUUCUUGAUAUAGCUGCACAAAAUUUAACUGGUGAUAUGUCAAAUUUACAUUUAGCACUAGCUGAUUUAUUAAGUACACGUCAUCCAGAAGUUGUGCGUUUAGCAGGUCUUAUUUCACAAGAACUUGAUGCACCUAAAACUGGUAAACAUCCAAUAUCCAAUGAAGAAUUAAAUCGUUAUCGAAUUGAUUUACUUAAAGAACGUUAUCCAGAUUUUAUGAUGAAAGAACGUUAUAAAUCAUAUUUAUCAGAAAAAAUUAUUGGUAGAUUAAGAAAAAAAAAAAAUUUUUUUUCCCAUAUAAAUAUUGAUUUGUAUUUUUGUUUUUCAGGGCAAUUGUAUCGAUCAGCACGACGUGCAAUUAUUCGAUGGCAUAAAGCUGCUCGAACUCAUUGUAGUUUACGUCAUUUACAAGCAGUACAAAUUAAAGAUGAAUCAUUUGAUGAUGAUAAUCUUGAGACACCACAGAGUCAUAUUUCAAAUGGUUCACGUAAUACAUUGCAAUGGCAAUCAUAUAACAAUACAGGAAAUUAUCAUGAGCCAUCAUUAACUCUUGAUCCUGAUUUAAAUCAUCCAUUAGCUAAAUCUGAGACACGAUGGGCAAGAAAUUUAUUUUCAAUGUAUCGUGAAAAUUUACGUAAUAUUAUAAGUGUAUUUAAUUAUCAAGAUGAAAUUGAUUUAUUUUGUCGAUGUGAAGCACUUGAUCAAGUAGCAUCAGGUAAACAGGAUCUUAAUAUAUCAGCUGGUCUUGAAUUACAACGAUUAAUUGAUACAACACGUCGUCAUUUUUAUCAUAGUUUUGAACAAUUACGUACAGAUUCAAAUUUCAAACCACUACAUGAUAAUCCAUGUACACGUGAUUCAUCAUGUUCUGAAUGUGAAGAAAUUAAAUUAGCACGAGCCGCUGCUUGUUAUUAUGUUUGUUAUUCUCAAGCUGCUAAACAAUCAACAAAAGCUCGUUCUCGCAUUCUUAGUUUUCCAUGGUUAUUUGGUACAUUAUUAACUGAAUUAAAAAAACGAAAACAAAAUUCUAAUAGUAAUAAUAAUAAUAUAUCAAAACAUAUUGUUAUUGGACGUGCAAUGCGUAAUGUAGCAAAACGAUUAAUUGAAAAUAAAGAAUUAAAAUUAAAAAUUUUUUGGCCUGCUUAUUCAGAUAAGGCUUAUCUUUUUUUACGUUCAAUAAAAUCAACUAUUACAAAUAAUUCAAAGUUAUUCAAACGGGACAUUAUUGAAAAUGAUCAACAAACAGAUUCAAUGUGUUUAUCAAAAAUUUUAUUUAUUGAAAUAAUGAAUAAUUGGAUAAGACAACAAAAUGUUUUUGAUGAACAUUCAACUCCUGCAGAUAAAAAGCCACGUAUUCGUGAAAUUUGUUGGCAUCAAUUGUUGAUCAAUUUUAUUUUAUUACCAAAUGAAGAUAUGUCCAAUGAAAACCCUUCAAAUUUGUCAUCAAGUUUUGAACAAUAUAAAGUUGUCUGCCAAUCAUUCAAUAACCCAUUAAUGAUUGAACGUUAUAUGGACCAUAUUGAACGUCGAGUAUCGAUAUCAUCCAUAGAUUUUGAUAAUUCUAUGUAUAAUUAUUGUAUAUGUUUAAUACGUCUUUGUUUUCGAUUAGCACGUGAGCAAAAAUCAAAUGAAUAUGCGUAUUUAAGUGAUUAUUUAAUUCUUGCUUUACAAUCAAUUGGCAUUGAAAAAGAACUCAAUGACAUUUCGAUUGAUAUUGAUACCUAG